ACAGAAGAGCAGGACCCAGGUGUUGUGAUUCUUAAGGUUAAAUUCCUCGAAAUUGCUGGUGAGAGUUGGACUCUCCGAGUUGAGACAGAGGCCGACAAGUUUUCCAUCUCCCCCACUGGUGACUUCACCACAAGGGUGAAGCUCGACUACGACGAAGCUCCACACAACUACUCUGUGGAAAUCUCCAUCUCAAAUGGGGCCAACAGGGACACUGCAGUCGUCAACGUUCAAGUCACUGACGUCAAUGACAACAGUCCUGUUUUUGCCUCCAGUUCCGUCACAAAAUCAGUCCCAGAAGACGAAGAGGUAGGAUCCAACGUCACGGCUGUUCCUGCUACAGACAAAGACAGCGGCUUCAAUAAAGAGAUCAGAUACUCGCUGAGAGGAGGAGAGGGGAGGUUCUCUGUUGAUCCUGUGUCUGGGGUGGUAAGUGUGGCUGGUGCCCUUGAUCGGGAGACCAAGGCUGAGUACAACCUGCAGGUGGUGGCUGAAGAUCAGGGUCGUCCAGCCAGGUCAUCCACAGCCACGCUGCUGGUCCAAGUGUCCGACAUCAACGAUAACAUCCCAGAGUUCUCCAUGGCCGAGUACUUGGCUGAAGUCUUAGAGACAGAGUCAGCGGGUACGAGCUUGCUCACAUUAUCAGCUGUAGACCCCGACGAAGGACCAAAUGGGCGAGUUACUUUCAGUAUUUUCCAGCAAAGUCCCUCAUCAGACCCCGCUGUUUUUGAGUUGGACUCUUCCAGCGGGACUCUGCGGCUGCUCCAGCCUCUGGACUACAGUGAGGUGCAGGAGUACCGUCUGAUGGUUCAGGCCUCUGAUGGGGGGACUCCCCCUCUGGUUGGGAACAGCUCUGUGGUGGUGAAAGUGAAGGACGUGAACAACAACCCACCUGAGUUCAGUAAGGAAAGCUAUGACGUGGCCGUCUCUGAGAACCUGGCCAGUGGUGCGUCCAUCCUGACCCUGGAGGUCACUGACAGGGAUGAGGGAGGAUUUGUGGGAACUCUGCGGAUCCUUCCAGAAUCUGCGCCUUUCUCGAUCAGCCCUGAUGGGACGAUCAGAGUGAAAAACUCCACAGCUUUGGACAGAGAAGCCACAGAAAGGAUCAUGUUUCAGGUUGAAGCGAGGGAGACAGAACCGCCAAACCAUGCCACAAUGGCCAAUGUGAACAUAACUCUUCUGGAUGAGAACGACAACAGCCCUGAAUUUACCAGCAGCAAGUACGCAAGCAAAGUCUUCACCAACCAAACAGAGGGGAUGUUGCUUGUGAAGGUCGAGGCAGAAGACCCAGAUGCAGGUGUGAAUGGACAGAUCAAAUACUCCAUUGACUUUGGGAAUCAAAACAACUACUUCUCUAUUGAUGAAAACACGGGAACCAUCACGCUGACGAAUCUCAUUCCACUGGAAGCACUUAAAACCUUACAGUUCUUAUUGUUCAUCACGGCCAGAGAUGGGGGCGUAGUGUCCCGAUCCGCCUCAGCACAGGUGGAGAUUCUCGCUGUUGGAAGUUCAAAACCGCAGUUCACACAGAGCAACUACAGUGGCACCAUAGAAGAAGAGAGAGAUCCGGGAACAGUGAUCCUGAAGGUUGGGAUCUUUGCAGCAGGAGAAAUUCCUUGGACUCUCCGAGUUGAGACAGAGGCCGACAAGUUUUCCAUCUCCCCCACUGGUGACUUCACCACAAGGGUGAAGCUCGACUACGACGAAGCUCCACACAACUACUCUGUGGAAAUCUCCAUCUCUGACGGGGACAGCAGGGACACUGCAGUCGUCAACGUUCAAGUCACUGACGUCAAUGACAACAGUCCUGUUUUUGCCUCCAGUUCCAUCACAAAAUCAGUCCCAGAAGACGAAGAGGUAGGAUCCAACGUCACGGCUGUUCCCGCUACAGACAAAGACAGCGGCUUCAAUAAAGAGAUCAGAUACUCGCUGAGAGGAGGAGAGGGGAGGUUCUCUGUUGAUCCUGUGUCUGGGGUGGUAAGUGUGGCUGGUGCCCUUGAUCGGGAGACCAAGGCUGAGUACAACCUGCAGGUGGUGGCUGAAGAUCAGGGUCGUCCAGCCAGGUCAUCCACAGCCACGCUGCUGGUCCAAGUGUCCGACAUCAACGAUAACAUCCCAGAGUUCUCCACGGCCGAGUACCUGGCUGAAGUCUUAGAGACAGAGUCAGCGGGUACGAGCUUGCUCACAUUAUCAGCUGUAGACCCCGACGAAGGACCAAAUGGGCGAGUUACUUUCAGUAUUUUCCAGCAAAGUCCCUCAUCAGACCCCGCUGUUUUUGAGUUGGACUCUUCCAGCGGGACUCUGCGGCUGCUCCAGCCUCUGGACUACAGUGAGGUGCAGGAGUACCGUCUGAUGGUUCAGGCCUCUGAUGGGGGGACUCCCCCUCUGGUUGGGAACAGCUCUGUGGUGGUGAAAGUGAAGGACGUGAACAACAACCCACCUGAGUUCAGUAAGGAAAGCUAUGACGUGGCCGUCUCUGAGAACCUGGCCAGUGGUGCGUCCAUCCUGACCCUGGAGGUCACUGACAGGGAUGAGGGUGGAUUCUCUAAUGGUCACUUCGUCUAUGCCAAAGACACCUUUGACAUUAACAAUCAAGGUGUGGUCUCACUGAGGAAGGACGUCACCUUGGAUAGGGAGACUAAGGAUAGCUACAUAUUACAGGUCGUGGCGGUGGAUCAGGUGACCGGCGGUCUGAACGCCACAGCUGAGCUCAACAUCACAGUCCUGGACUACAACGACAACGCCCCACAGUUCCCAGUAAUCCCAGACCCCCUGCGGAUCCCUGAGGGAAACUACUCAGAGGAAAACCCAAGAGAGGUUUUCACCAUCGUGCCCACGGACAUCGACCUCGAUUCAGAGAGGUGA